CUGCGCGGACACUCCAUGGGCAUAUUCUCGCCGACGAACCUGGUACGUGUCUGGCUGGCACGCUUGUUCUCGCACCGCCUCACCAGCUGUCUAAUGACGGCCUUGCUGCUGGCGUAUUUUUGCGUGUGCGCGUCCGAGAACCUCGACAGCCCCGAGCCCCACGGCCUGGUCGAUUCGUGGCCAAGGGCUAUUCGCAGCACCCUGUUUUUUGUGUUCACCAUGGAGAUGAUGGCACGUAUCAUCGUCACGGGCUUCUUGUUUGACCAACAGCUCACACCGACUGAUUUCUACGUUAACAUCGUGGGCAAGAUACCAGCGGUCAGGUGGCUCUGGAAGCCAAAGGACAAGACUGAGCAGCAAGGCCGGCCCUGUGGGAGGCGGCGGCGCAGACAUAGGCGCAGGCAAUCGCAGCACAGCAGCAGACCCAGUGCCCCAAUGGUGCCACAGAAGCCGCCUAGGCUGCAGUAUAAAGGCAAUGCGCAUGUAUCAGGGCCAAUGCGGCCAUUUCUCCGGCACACGUACAACCGGCUCGACCUGGUCUCGCUGGUUGCCUUCUGGGUUGCUGCAGCAAUCUCGUCCACGCACAGACACAAAGAAGUGAUCACGCUUCUUGACGCCCUGGCUGCGAUCCGCUUCGUGCGCUUCAUGAGCCUGACGCCUGGGUCGUACUCUGUCAUCGGUUCGCUCAAGCGUAGUGCGCCAAUGCUCGGCAAAGUGUCGCUCUAUAUGGGCUUUUUCUUCCUGCUGUUCGCAUGCUUGGGCGUGACAAUCUUCCGCGGCGCAUUCUCCCGCCGGUGCAUCUCAGCAGCCACGCUGGAGUCGGCCGUGCCGGAGCGCUACUGCUGCAGCUACAUGGAGAAUGGCCGACGCCAGCCGUAUUUGGUCGGUUCCGGUACUCCGACAGUGAAUCAGUCGCCGCGCGCAUAUGCGUGUCCACAGGGCCAGAUUUGCAUGACCGUUGGCAACCCGUCGAACAGUCUGAUGAACUACGACAAUAUUUUUGCCUCUGCCGUGCAGGUAUUUAUUGUCGCAUCAGCGCAGGGCUGGGCAGACAUUAUGUACAUUGUCAUGGACUCGAUCUCGUAUGUUUCAUCCGUCUACUUUGUCUCGUGCGUCAUGAUCAUCCAGCUGUGGCUCAUCAACCUGUUCGUCGCUGUCACCAACGAGGCAUUUGCAAAGAUCCGUGAAGAGGCCGACCGCUGCAAGCUCGGGAAGGAGCCCGUGCCUGCGUGGAGACGCCUGACACCCGAGGAAGUUGAGCGUGCAGGUGGAUGGCGGAACCGCGGAACCCAGGAUUUCUGGUGCUUUCUGGUCAUUGUCGACAUUUACUACAAGGUUGUCUGGCGUGUCGACAAGUCGGACCACACGGUCGCAUCCUACCAGACAAUCUCAAAGGUGGCCUCGGCCAUGUUUGGCGUCGAAAUUGUCGUACGCAUGGCGCGCGCAUGGCGCAUUUGCCCGAAGCCGCGGACCGUGCUCAAUAUCGUCGACUCCAUUAUCGCCGUAGCUGAUAUUAUCAUGGAGUUUGGCCGCUUUUCGGACUCACAGGCCCACCGCAUCAUGUACGUGUUUUCGUCACUACGCACGUACCGCCUGAUUGAGAACUUUCCAAAGACACGCGCCUUGAUGCAUAAGAUCAAGGGGUCGAUACCCGGUCUGCUCAACGUCAUGGUGACCAUUGGCCUGACAAUUUGCCUGGGCGCCGCUAUCUCAAUGCAGCUGAUCGGUGGAUAUGUGCCGGCAGAAGACGACGACGGCAGUUUUAUCCAGAUGCGGUACAACACAUAUCCACACGCACUGCUAUCCACAUAUCAGCUGUUUUCGGGCGCCGACUGGACUGACCUGCUGUGGGAGGCAACUGGCCAGAUGCAGGACAAGAAUGAGAAUUGGCUCGUGGCCAUCUACAUGUGCGCCUUCUACUACUUCACAAACUACAUUCUGCUGAACAUGAUGAUCGCCCUGAUCAUGGACAACUUUGAGACCAGCGAGAAGGAGAAACGCAUUCGCCAGCUCGCAGAGUUCCACAACUCGCUAACCCGCACAACCGCCAGCGACGAUAACAACGAUGAUGCUGUGCGGCAGCCAGUCAUCGACAAAGGCAAGGGCGUCGACCAUGAGGGCUGCGGUACGGGCGUGUCGUCGGAGAUCAUGAUCGAUGUCGGCAGCAGUUCCAGCGAAUUGCGGUCGCGCGGUGGACGCAGAUCUGGCAGCGGGGUUAGUUCUACCGGAGUCUUGCGGUCGCCGCGGAUCAGCAUUUCACAGAGUGGCAACAGGUUGGAGGUCGGUGGUAUGCAGGGCAUCUUGUUUGGCAAAUCGUCGGCGGAGCAGCGCAUUGUCGCACAAGAACGGUGGGAGACUGCCCGGCGUGAAUUCGAGUCUGCACACCCGACGUACAACAAGUCGCUGUUUCUGUUUGCGCCUGAUAGCAUGUUCCGCCAAAUAUGCUACAUGCUGGACACUGGCUUUCGGUUCUCCGAGGAUGCCUUCAGAACGACACCUAAAUACUGGCGCUGGGCGCACUAUGCGUGGGAGGCUCUCGGCUUCGCGGUCACCAUUUUAUCGAUCAUGGUUCUGUGUAUCGACACACCCAUUAGGCGCAAGCAUAUCAUGGACUCGGGUCAGAUGGGGCAGUUCUCGUGGUUCUUCUUCACAACCAUGGCGCUUGGCAUAUUCUGCACGAUUGAGAUUGCCAUCAAAGCAGUUGCUCAUGGGUUUGUGCUGGCACCGCAUGCCUGUAUGAAGUCCCCAUGGAACAUCAUUGACUUGCUCGUGUCUGUGUCGCUCUUCGUCAGCCUACACACACUGGUCGGUGGAUCCAAUAUGACGCGGUUUAUUCGGUUUCUGCGGUCGCUGCGGUCUCUCCGGCUGAUCAGCAAAUUCAAGGAUGCGCGGGAUGCCUUCAACAACCUGCUGGUGGGCAGUGCCGCACGCAUCAUUGUGGCUCUGUGGAUCAUGCUGCUGCUCUUGAUUCCAUGCGCGAUCCUGGCGCACAACAUGUGGUACGACAUGCUGUUUGCCUGCAACGACGACAGCGUUGACGGGCGCGUUGGGUGCAUUGGCGAAUAUUUUGACUCGGACUUGGGAAUUCUGAUUCCGCGGAUCUGGGAAAACCCGCGCAACUACAAUUUUGACACAUUUGGCAGUGCGCUCAGCAUAUUGUUCACAGCCAUUUCGAACGAGGGCUGGACCGACGUUAUGAGCAAUACCAUGGCAAUCCGCGGAAUCGACCUGCAGCCGCGCCCAAAUCACUCGUGGUGGAAUUCGCUCUGGUGGGUUGCAUACAUAUUCUUUGCCACGAUAUUCAUCCUCUACAUCUUCAUUGGCAUAAUCGUCGCUAGCUACACGCAGCGCACAGGCACUGCGUUUCUCACUACCGAACAGCGACGCUGGCUUGAUCUGAAGAUCCAACUGCGCGGAACUCACCCGCCAACACUGCCUCGGACACUGCAGAAAAAGGGAUUUCGCCGGUGGUGCUUUAUGGCGUCGAUCAAGACCAAUACCUGGUAUUCGCGCACCCUCACAGCUGCCGCGCUGGCAAACUGCGUCGUUCUACUGACAGUGUACCGCGACCGCUCAGCUGAGAUAGACAAGGUUCAAAAGUGCUUCAGGUACGCGUCGUACAUUGUGUUUGUGCUGGACUUUGGCAUCAACAUGGUCGGUAUGGGCGUGCGCGCAACAUUGCGCAAUGCAAACUACCAGCUGCUGAUUCUGUGUGGGCUCAUUAUCAUACUGUUCGAGUUCAUGUUCACGACCCUUGGCGCUGCAUCUUUGGGCUCUGUGAUGCUGCUCUACAAGCUCAUGUUGAUUUCCGACACGCUCAACGAGCUGACACGCAUGAUUAUCGGCGGCUUCCGACCGAUCCUGAUUCUGUUCUGGGUCUGGAUGGUUAUGACUUUAAUCUUCACUCUUUUGACGGUUGAGCUGUGGGGGCUGACGCGCGCUGGGCCGGAGACAUCAGCACAUGCAAAUUUCUGGUCGUUCUUGCCGGCAUUCCUGACCCUGCUGCGAUUCAGUUACGGCGAGAAUUGGAACUACCUGAUCACCGACCUGCAGGUUCAGUAUCCGCACUGUGUCCAGUCUUAUAACGGCAGCUAUCUGCAAACGGACUGUGGGCAAACGGGCCUGACAUACCUGAUCUUCUUCACAUACAACCUGGUGUCCAUGUACAUCUUUGUCAAUGUGUUUAUUGGCGUGGUCACAGACAACUUCCAGUACUGCUACCAGUCCUCAUCGUCAUACAAGCUCCUGACCCGCCAAGAGAUCCGCCAGUUCCGCGUUACAUGGUGGCGGUUCGAUCCGGAGGGCACCGGGUAUAUUCCACGCGAGAAAUAUGCUGCCUUCUUUAGUAAGCUGAAGCCACCGUUCAAUGUUGGCAUGUAUGGCGAUCGGCUUAAACUUAAGCAUCUGAUCGACCGCGUGCGGUACACACACGGCAAUUUCGAUGCCUACACACAUCCCGGCCACGACAACGAGCCCCUACAGUACGACCUGAACAUCACUGAGCUUGAGCACUGCCUACAACAUGCUGACCCCUACCAGAUGAUGUUGAAUCGGCGUGAGUUCAACCGGAUCUACCAAGAGGCGUUGCUGAUAGAUGACCCGAAGCGUGGCAUGGGCUUCACCCAGAUGCUGGUAUUCCUGGCACGCAAAAAAAUGGUUGACCCUGCGACAGCAUUUCUGGUCGAAGAGACGCUUCGGUACAACGAUCUUGCCGAACAGGUCGACGAGGUUUUGCGUCAAAAGUUUGUUGAGGACGUCAUCAUUUCAUCUGUGCGUCGCCGCAAGUUUCUGACCGCCAUGAAGCUGCAUCGCAGCCUACAGGGAUUGCAGAGCCGCAAGCAGUCGCUGAGAGUCCCGAUAUCCAUGCCUCAUCCAACUCUGCACCAAGCCGAAGAUGGCCCGCCUAUUCCACUUGUCCGUGUACAUCAGCCUGAACUGCAGGUGGAUACAACGGGAAUACAGCGCUCGACUAUAUCAAACUGUGAGCCACUCUCCCCUCCGGCUGUCUAUCUCUUUGUCACCGGACCCGGCACCUGAGAGGCUAGACACGCAGUUCGUAGUCUCCAGAUCUACGUCGACUACACUAGAACAGUCAGUAAGGAAGAAUGAGUGUGGCUCACAAGCUUCCCAUUCGUCGAGUUUGCCAAGCGUCGUGGGCUUGCGGUCAAGUCCUGGGGUUGGCCCAGCAAUCGGGUCGCCAGAUCUGCUGCCACUUCCUUCAUUGACUGGUUAUCAAAUAGGGAGCCCAGAUCAACGACAAGGGCCUCCUUGUCAGCAGCGCGAUGAUAAUACACCACCCCACACUAGAUCCCGCAACGGAUCCCUUCCCAAGUGACAGAGUACUACGUUUUACCAUACACACAAUUGUUGAUAUAAGCUGAGGGUUUAAACAUCGAGGGUCCUUAUGAAGUCUCAUUUACAAGGCAAUAAAGAGCGUCUCGUGUCUG